GACACAAUCACCGACCUAUUUCCUUACAGGGGAGGUCACUGAGUUUUCCCCCAGUCGCUUUUCUGGCGUUCAGUGCAAAUGAGCAGCUGCCUUUCAUGUAGUCUUUAAGUCAACUUAGAAACGAAAGUCGUUCUACCUUAAACAUGUCCAACCUCAAAGGCGGCACGAAGAAGGACACCAAGAUGAGGAUACGAGCCUUUCCUAUGACAAUGGAUGAGAAGUAUGUCAACAACAUCUGGGACCUUCUAAAGAAUGCCAUCCAAGAGAUCCAGAGGAAGAACAACAGUGGUUUAAGCUUUGAGGAGCUGUACAGAAAUGCCUACACCAUGGUGCUCCACAAGCAUGGGGAAAAGCUGUACACAGGCCUAAGGGAGGUCGUCACAGAGCAUCUCAUCAACAAAGUACGGGAAGAUGUCCUUAACUCUCUCAAUAAUAACUUUCUGCAAACGCUGAAUCAGGCCUGGAAUGACCAUCAAACUGCCAUGGUCAUGAUCAGAGACAUACUUAUGUACAUGGAUCGGGUCUAUGUGCAACAAAACAACGUGGAGAAUGUGUACAACCUCGGCCUCAUCAUAUUCAGGGACCAGGUGGUGCGUUACGGCUGCAUUCGAGACCAUCUGCGCCAAACGUUACUGGACAUGAUCGCUCGUGAGAGGAAGGGAGAGGUAGUAGACAGGGGCGCUAUAAGAAACGCCUGCCAGAUGCUGAUGAUUCUGGGACUGGACGGCAGAUCUGUGUAUGAGGAGGACUUCGAGGGCCCUUUCUUAGAUAUGUCAGCAGAAUUCUUCCAGAUGGAGAGCCAAAAGUUCCUUGCAGAAAACAGUGCCAGCGUCUACAUUAAGAAGGUGGAGGCAAGAAUCAAUGAGGAGAUCGAGCGAGUUAUGCAUUGCCUGGACAAAACUACAGAAGAGCCCAUUGUGAAGGUGGUGGAGAGGGAGCUGAUUUCAAAACACAUGAAGACCAUUGUGGAGAUGGAGAACUCUGGCCUUGUUCAUAUGCUUAAGAACGGCAAGACGGAAGACCUGGCCUGCAUGUAUAAGCUGUUCAGUCGUGUGCCAAAUGGCCUUAAAACCAUGUGUGAGUGUAUGAGCUCUUACCUGAGGGAGCAAGGCAAAGCUCUAGUGUCAGAAGAGGGAGAGGGCAAGAACCCUGUUGACUAUAUUCAGGGCCUUCUAGACCUAAAGACGCGAUUCGAUCGUUUCCUCCUCGAAUCCUUCAACAAUGACAGACUCUUUAAACAAACCAUAGCAGGAGACUUUGAGUAUUUCCUCAACCUCAACUCCCGCUCACCAGAGUACCUAUCACUUUUUAUUGACGACAAGCUCAAGAAGGGAGUCAAAGGAUUGACAGAACAGGAGGUUGAGUCGAUCCUUGACAAGGCAAUGGUAUUGUUCAGGUUCAUGCAGGAGAAAGAUGUGUUUGAAAGGUACUACAAGCAGCAUCUGGGCCGCAGGCUGCUCAGCAACAAGAGCGUCUCAGACGACUCGGAGAAGAACAUGAUCUCUAAGCUCAAGACAGAAUGUGGCUGUCAGUUUACCUCGAAACUGGAAGGGAUGUUCAGAGACAUGAGCAUCUCCAACACUACCAUGGAUGAGUUCAGGCAACACAUACAAACCACAUCGGCAUCUCUAAGUGGUGUGGACCUCACAGUAAGAGUCCUCACAACUGGCUACUGGCCAACACAGUCGGCAACACCUAAAUGCACCAUCCCCCCUGCUCCCAGACAUGCAUUUGAAGUUUUUAGAAGGUUUUACCUCGCUAAGCACAGUGGCAGACAGCUCACACUGCAGCACCACAUGGGCGGGGCAGACCUAAAUGCAACUUUCUACGGAGCUAUCAAAAAGGAGGAUGGUUCAGAAGUGGGUGUGGGAGGUGCUCAGGUGACGGGUUCUAACACCCGGAAGCACAUCCUGCAGGUGUCCACCUUCCAGAUGACCAUCCUCAUGCUCUUCAACAACAGAGAAAAGUGCACUUUUGAGGAGAUCCAGCAGGAGACAGAUAUUCCGGAGAGGGAGUUAGUGCGAGCGCUGCAGUCUUUGGCCUGUGGGAAGCCGACACAGAGAGUUCUCACCAAGGAGCCAAAGUCCAAGGAGAUCGAGAGCGGCCAUGUGUUUACAGUGAAUGAUCAGUUUACUUCCAAACUGCACAGAGUCAAGAUACAGACAGUUGCUGCUAAACAAGGGGAAUCAGAUCCAGAGCGGAAAGAGACGCGGCAGAAAGUGGACGAUGACAGGAAGCAUGAGAUUGAAGCAGCCAUUGUUCGAAUCAUGAAAUCAAGGAAGAAGAUGCAGCACAAUGUCCUGGUGGCGGAGGUGACUCAGCAGCUACGGGCACGUUUUCUUCCCAGCCCUGUGGUAAUCAAAAAACGCAUAGAAGGACUAAUAGAAAGAGAAUACUUGGCGAGGACGCCAGAAGAUCGAAAAGUGUACACCUAUGUUGCAUAGAAGAUGAACUCUGGAUGAGAGGAGGAAGAGACUGGACAGAGAGGAUUUGUUUGUUUUCUUUGGACUGUUGUUACGCAUGGACUGGAAGUUUCUUUUAAAGACAAAUGCUGGGAACCUGAUUCAUCGUCCCUAAUAGAAACACAGUAAACAUACAUAAAAAGGGGAAUGAAAUGUUGGCGCAGGAAAAAAAAAUGAAUCCAUCAAAACUUGUAGAUGAUUUUUAAAUCGGGCCCAGUCUUCCUAUUCCCUGUGAGUUUUGGAUGGAUCCAGCUUCAAGCUUUUCACUGUUUUACCCUUGUAGAGAUCAAACUUGCAAAGAAUCCCUUGGGAAAAAUGUGAAUGCACCACAUUAUUAUUUUUUUUUGUUUCAAUACUGUAUAAAAAUAAUAAAAUUAUUAAAAACAGAAACUGUGGAUUGUUACAAAACAAAAAUAAAAGUAAUGAGUAUUGAUGCUCUGUAAUUUUUCACACAGAUGCUUUGCAGAUCUUUACAUUUGACUCUUGGUGUCAUAGUGGUUUUCACAUUGCAAUAAGUAUUAAAACUUGAGUUCUUUUCCUGG